AUGGAGUGUUUGAGGGGGGUCCUCAAGCGGGUUCCCAGAUUCCCAAGGCGACGCCCACGAAGCAAGACCAAACCUUGUCUCAGUGGACUUGUGCGGAGUUUGGGCGGGUUUUUGUUUGGCCUAUUCCUUGCCUCUGUGUACGGAAUGACUGCACUGUUCGUACAGAACCAAGGCCUGUGGUAUUGCGUGUAUACCACGAUCGCCAUAGCUUUCCUCACAGCAUUUGGUAUGGGCCUCUCCAUCCGUGUGCGAGCGAAUGUUAUGCUAAUGAUGCCAAUGCUGUGUUCAAUGAAGGGCAAGAACUUCCUCCUGUUCCUCAUUUUCUCCAUGUUGGUCCAGGGCCCCAUGACCAACACCCUGGAAAACUUUGACCGUGCAGCGGACAGCGUGGUGUGUGGGGCCGAACUUGCCAUGAACCAGACCCAGCAGCUGAUGGAGCGAGCGGCUACACCUCUUCUCUCUGUACUGGGCAAGAUAAAAGAGAUCACCAAAAAUGUCCACUCCGUGGCUGGGAGGGUACAGAACUUAAUCCAGGCCCUGACUGAGUCUGUCCGCCACGUAGCUCGUUCCCUGAGAAACGUGUUACACUUCCUGGUUGGCAUUGGCGAGGUGUGUAAUGAAAAACUGGGCACCCCCUAUAAGAAGUGUAACAAGCUGUUUGAUGAUGCCCGUGAUGACUGCAUGGAGCUCCUGUCUGUGUUCAACUUCCUUUGUCACAUUGUGGAUGGGUUCCGCCCCCUCUGUGGUCUCGCUCGAGUUGGUCAGCUGUUUUGCAUCAUUCCUUCUUACAUUGUUGGCCACAUGAAGACAAAGAUUGCUGCCCCAACCAUAGCAGCUUUCGAGAAGAUGAAGAAGGAGUUUGAGUUCAACAUAUCGACCUCUAUGCACUUUGACAUGAAUGUGAACAGCAGUCAGUCGCUGCAGCAGGUGUCACAGGAUAUGAUGGAGGAAGUGUCGGUGGAGCUGGGACGUUUCCAGGAAGUGAUGGGGCUAAUAGCCUACAUAGGCCUCUUCCUUCUGCUGCUAAUGUACCUACAGGCUGUCCUGUACAAACACAAGUACCUGCACCAGGAUGACUUUGACAACACUUACAUCACAGAGCAGUUUGAAGAGCUCGACCAGAGAUUGGCUAGUGAGGGAAAAACCCCUGUCCUACCUCUCAGCCAGAGAGAGGCCCGCACCUACAUCAGACCAUUCUCAGUGUACCUGACAGCCAGGGAGCGGCAGAUGGCUGCCCUCAGCGCAGUGUCCAUUCUCAGGCACAUAGCCAUGGGAUGCCUGGUGGUGGCGCUGGACCUGGUGGUCUUCUGGAUGUUUGACCUGGUGCACCACCAAGCCCAGGGGGACAUCGUGGCCAGAGCACCCAUCGUAGUGGCGGUGGAAGUAAAUGGCACAGGCUAUGCCUCGGACAUCUUCAAGGACAUAGUGGCUGCCUUCGCCAUUCUACAGAAGGGCAACAUCACUGUUCUCAGCAAGAAGUGUCUGAUGGAGCCUUCAGAGCCAGACCACUCAGGAUACAUGCUCAUAGGAUUCCUCUAUGGACUCACCUUGUUCAUUGUGUUCGCUGGAAGCUACGUCAAGCGGUUAAGGAGACUCGUGUGUGCCAGGUACCACCCAAAACGAGAACGGAAGCGGGUGCAUCUCCUCCACAGGAGGAUCCAGAGCCAGCGUAAGUCUCUAGGUAAAGCCCUGCUGAGGUCUGUAGCCAGGAGCAGGGCAGACAGAGAGGGGACCAGAUUCCUCCAGACACUCACAACCUGCCUCCCAGGUGGGUCCUACCUGGCUGAAAUUCUGGGGGUGUCCUCUGUCUCUUGCAUGGCCUGUGGAAGGAGAGGAGAGGGACAGAGCGACCCUAGCAUGGUCACAUGCAUCACCCCUCAGUGUAAAGGUACAGCAGCCGAACUCAGACCUUUUUAA